AUAAGUCUAAUAACAAAAGAAACUAAACUAUCUGGUAUUUCUGGAGCAACAUACAAUGAAAAAACAACCUUAAUUAAUCAAUUUAGCAAGAAAUUGGAAAACUCUGUUCUUUUAUGUCAAAAUAUCUAUUUCUUUCCAAUUAAUGAACCACGACAUAAAACUAUGUCAAUCCUAAAGAUCAGUGUUGGGAUGUAUGAUCCACCUGAUGUCCCUGAAUACUUUGAGCAGGUUGUAUGGUCAGAAUGUGUGAAACAUAAAAACGAAUCAAUGAAAAACAAAGAUUUAUAUGAAACAAUAACAUUCAUAAAUGGAUAAAAAAAUAAAGAAGAAAUAUUUGAAAUGGUUUUUGCAGACGUAAAAAAAUUACUACCAUAAAAUUUUUCUUACAUCAUUACAUAUAAAAAAAAAUACUUACAACUAGAAAUAAAUAUAUACUAUGAGCUGUACCUGAACAUUUAUUUAGUACUUAGUGAAGACAAAGUUAUGUUAACAUUAGCUAUACAAAAGAAAAUUACUAUACAUACCAGGUUGCUCAUUAUUAAAUGUAAUUAAAAUUA